AUGAACUCUUCCAUGUCGUCAACGUGGCGUUUCUUCUACGCCACACUAAUCGUGUAUACAACUGCUGCACACGCUCGUUUCAUCGACUAUCCUCUUCCAACUGCUAUCCAGGCUUUCGAACAGCCGAUACCGACCCUUAUCACACGAGCCUUCCAUCUCGAAGUGCGAGCGGACGAUGGCGCGCCCACAUACACAAUCACAUACGCAUCUGACUCAGUCUGUGGCUACUUAUCUGGUUCGGUACAAAUUCCAAUCAGUUGCGAGAACAAGAACAGGUGUUUAUGGGAACUCGAGUCAUUCAAGUACAUUGCCUGUGAAAUAGAUGGGGAGACAACUGGUAUUGCUCACACGAAAUGCUUAGCAAGGGAUGAAGCUCUUGACGCAAAUCUGUGUGACGAUGUCUGCGUGAGCAACGCAUAUAAUUUACAGUGCACCAACGACACAGCACCUUACUGCCGUACCUAUGCCUACCCUCGAGGUGUUCACGAUUAUCGAUGCGCACCCACGCCUGCCACAAGAGUCUCCAGUGUGGACUUUACCUACGACGGACAGAAAUUUCCUGACCCUAUCAUAUCUACAGUGACGGGUGUUGACCGACCGCGUUCAUCAGACUCUAGUUCCACCACAACGGAAGCAGAGGAGUCCUCCUCGACGGCCACUGCAGAGGCAGAGCCAGAACCCAAAAAGAUGGGGCUGUCAGAAGGGGCAAUAGGCGGUAUAAUAGUUGGUGCGAUAUUUGGUGUCUUCAUUGUGAUAGGUGGUAUAUGGUACUAUCGUCGAACACACCCUAAGGGAACACAAGCAAAUGCUAGUCUUUCUGAAUCCGUUCCUCCAGUGAGCAAGAGGAGCGAAACUGUUGUCAAUGAGCGAAGUGUUCAGGUAGAAGAUGGGAUAGAGGCUAUCCAGGAGAUAUCUACAAGUACAUAA